AUGAUCUACUUGUUGCCGAAGGGUCGACCUGCGUGUGGCCUCCCGACGAAAGUCAGCUUCGAGGGGCGCAUCGUUCCUGGGGCGACGACUUGCUGGAUGUCUUUCCCUGCGAAGUACGCAGCCUGCUGGGACAUGCUGACGUGCGAGUCGCCACAAGAUUCCGUUGCCUGCAUCUUCCAAGCCGACGAGGACAGUGGUGAUCACAAGCCGGAGCCAGAUCCCGGUGGUGGAGAGCAGAGCAAGUGGCUCGAGAAGGUUCAGGAGGCUCUCAAGUACGGUCAACGCUUGAAAGUGGCCCGGCCACCCGGGCAGCUGGAUGCGACCCAGGAAAUUGAGAUGGCAAAGGCCAAGGAGAUGGGCUGGAGUUACGAAGAGGUGGAUGUCUUCGACGUGCUGGAAGAGCAGUUUGAGAAAGCCAAACUGGUCGACGCUUGGUGCGAGGAGACAAAGUCCUGGCGGAGGGGAACCGUCGAGAAGCAGGAUCUGGUGGACACGGAGCAGGAGGACGGUUCCGAUGACAACGUGGUGCGAUGGACACUACGAUGCCAGAUCACAAAGCAGACUUUCGACGCCUUUUGCAUCUGCAGUACACUUGCGACCAUGAAGGCCAUGCUGGAUCAUGUCGGUGAUGCAAAACUGCGCGGGAUCCUAAUGGAGUGCCUUCCGCACGUCGAUGUGCUCGACAUCGGCACCCAUCGGCUUCACCCAGACCUCGUGGCCCUGAGAGCCAAGCUGCGCAUCAAGUCCAUCGGUACCCUGCACAAACUCAGAAAUCGAAUCCUCAAUGACGACCUCGAGCGAGACAUCAACAGGCACCUGGCAGAUCCCCGCUGGGAGGUGGAAGUCAGCAAAUCCCACUUUAUGGAAAUGUACGAUGCCAGCCUCCGGGCCCUUGACAAGCUGACGUGUCACCAGAGAGAGCGUUUUAGUACCAUCAAAGGCUCGGACAUGGUGCACUUGUUUGCUCCUGCCGGUUCCGGCAAGACCUUCGUGGCGGUCGAGCUGGUGAUCGAUGCUCUGAAUCCUGGGGCUGAUGAGCCAACUCCUCGCGUCCUCUAUGUAGCCGCUACCGUCGAGCUGAUCUACUACUUCGUCCAGUGGCUGGCCGUACGCAUCGUCUCUCAGAAGAAGGAUUUGGAACUUCUUUCCGCGUUGGUUAUGCUUUUCAAGCCAUACAAGAGUCUCCUCCGGCUUCGUAUGCCCGUGCUGCAAGACGGGCGCAUCGAGUUCGAAGCAGUAGUCAUGACCCACGACAAGAAUGACAAGUUCGAUCUCCUUGUCAUUGACGAGAGCCACAAUAUGUACCGAGACGGGGUCGACCGCGGCAUUCUUGACGAUCUGCAUUGCAGCAAACGGCUGCUGCUGUCCGACAACGCCCAGUCUUCGGCCGUGACAGCCACGUUUCCAGAGAUGGAGGAGGUGCAGCUGACGGAAGUAGUUCGGAGCACGAAGCAAAUCGUCCUGGGGGCUGCCUCGUUCCAAGUCAACGCCGAAGCUGCUGUGCCUGCGGGCACCGAUGGCCCGCCUGUGAAGUCCUACAUCUUUCAAGCUUCCAAGGACGAGGAUGAGCGGAUGAAACACUACGCCCGGCGCGUGAUGGAUGCCAUCCUUCAUGUCGACAACGUCUAUUCGGGGGUCAGCCUGCACAAGAGGCUUGCCGUCUUGGUUCCAGAUGGUCAGUUCCUGACGGAGCUGAAGAAGGCCUUGAGCCCGUUGUUGCGCGAGGGACUCCCGCUCCGACAGUUCCGUCUCGUCAAGCACGAGGAGUCCCUGCGCUCGCUGCCGCUCUGGCUUCGCAGUGUGGACAGGCCGAGCGCUGGGGAGCAGCAAGAGCACCGGCAAGAAGAGAUCGUCCUCGACACCAUCGAUAGGGUAGAUGGACUGGAGCAUCUCAUAGUGAUUUGCGUGGGGCUGGAUGCACCGAUUCAGGGUGAGGCCCGUGAUCUCGUGACCCGGGCGGACCUCUACAAGGGCCUCACAAGGGCUCAGCUGCUCGCAGUCGUCGUCAACGAGGAGAUCGAGAACGGAUGGUUCGACUUUCUGAGCAAC